GAUAAUGCCGAAGCCUCCUCUUUAGACACAUGCGUCAGUGUAAAUUACGGAAAUAGUUGUUUCAUUUUAGACAACAAUUUCUAUAAAACAAGAAUAAAUAGGCUUUUUAUUUCUGGACAGAAAUGAUACGGCAGGGGAUUUUCUGUAUAGUCGGGGUAUUGCUCGUAUCGCACAGCAUCGCAAUUGUAAGGGUUCCCCUUAAGAAGACCAGGAGCCUCCGCCGCAUCAUUAGCGACAAUGGGAUGUCUCUGGAUCAAAUUCGGGCUUUGGCGAAGUCCAGCGGAGCUCCAGAUAGCGCUCUCUCCCCAAAAGUCCCCGUGGAGACGCUGACGAACUUCAUGGAUGCCCAGUACUUUGGGACUAUCAGUAUUGGCUCACCGCCUCAGGACUUCACGGUGCUGUUCGACACUGGCUCCUCCAACCUCUGGGUGCCCUCCAUUCAUUGCUCAUUCUUCGAUAUCGCCUGCUGGCUUCAUCAUCGCUACAAUUCAAAGAAGUCGAGUACCUAUGUUCGGAAUGGUACUGAUUUUUCCAUCCGAUAUGGCAGAGGCAGCUUGUCUGGUUUUAUCAGUGGAGACACAGUCACUAUAGCAGGUUUGUCUGUGCCUGCACAACAGUUUGGUGAAGCAGUGAAGCAGCCCGGCAUAACAUUUGCUCUGGCCCGCUUUGAUGGGGUCCUGGGUAUGGCCUACCCUUCCAUAUCAGUUGCCAACAUCACCCCUGUGUUUGACACUGCCAUGGCGGCUAAGUUGCUGCCGCAAAAUAUCUUUUCUUUCUACAUAAGCAGAGACCCUGCAGCAGCAGUGGGAGGAGAGCUGAUGCUGGGUGGGUCCGAUCCACAGUAUUACAGGGGAGACCUGCACUAUGUCAACGUCACACGCAAGGCCUACUGGCAGAUUAAGAUGAAUGAAGUUGACGUGGGCAACCAGCUGACUCUUUGCAAAGCCGGCUGCCAGGCUAUUGUCGACACAGGGACAUCCUUGAUUGUUGGUCCUUUGGAGGAAAUCCGAGCACUGCAGAAAGCCAUCGGGGCGCUGCCCCUGUUGAUGGGAGAGUACUUAAUUGAUUGUAAGAAGAUUGAGUCCCUCCCUUUCAUCUCCUUUAACAUUGGAGGGAAGAUGUUUAACCUGACUGGAGAGGAUUAUGUCAUGAAGGAGUCUCAAAUGGGCGAUUCCAUCUGCCUCUCAGGCUUCAUGGCCAUGGACAUUCCGCCCCCUGCUGGGCCACUUUGGAUCCUGGGAGACGUUUUCAUAAGGAAGUACUAUACUGUCUUUGACAGGAGUGCUGAUCGUGUCGGGUUUGCACUAGCCAAGUAGUCCCACUCGAUUUUUGUUUUUCAUUUAAUUGCACACGACUCCAAAGGUUACACCAUUGUUUUUGUUUUUUUAACUGUUGCAGUUGUGACCGGUGGUCUCCUGCAUUGUGUCGGUUUGACCCGGUUAUACAGUGUUUAGAUUUCUGGCUGCCUACCGUACACUCAGAUUGCUGAGUAAGAACUGAAGACUUCACAUCUUACUUCUGGUUAUAAUUUUGAGGUUCACAUGUGAAACUGAAUUCAUGGGAAACAAGAUAACAUAGAAGUACUCUUACACUUACCAAAGAACUGUUUCAGGUACAAAAUGGAACACAUUCAGAAUGAACAAAUGCAUGUUUGAUAUUUGAAUGGAAAUCUUAAGAUUCUAUCUUAAAGCGAUUGCUGACAGAGUUACAAAAAUUAAGUUAUGGUUCAUGACGUUCCCUCAGCAAUUUCAUUUAAGUUUAAACUGACAUUUACAUUGCCUUAAGAAAGAUCAAGACAACAAAUAAAACAUUUUAAAAAGCAA